AUGCGUGAACGGUAUUAUCCCCAGCAGCAGCAGCAGCAGCAGCAGCAGCAGUCGCUUUCCCGGGCGCAAUUUUCGAGAGGGGCGCCUUCGCAGUCCCAACAAUCAGUCAAUGCAGUCAACGCGUCGGUCAACUCGUUCAAUGCGGUCAAUGCGCCCACAGUAGGGGCAGGAAACGUCACCUCCGGCUCCCUCGGGAUGCCUUACGAUCAGUUUCGCGACAUCCAACGACUAUGGGAGUCGCAAGGGUCGCAUCGUGCUGUCGCACAAGGAAGCGCUGUCGCACAAGUUAGACCUUUCGCACAACACGAAACGGGAACAAACAACACCCCCCUAGGCCAAGCUACAGGGUCCUUUGGCGGGUAUGUUUCCGCUGAUGGUCCUAUUUCCCCGUCCGGAAGCAUGGUGGGCGGAAUGAGUGGCGGAAUGGCGAGGGGGAGCAGUUUUGGCGAAGGGAUUGGGGGAAGGCGGGGGGGAAUCGCCACGCCCGCGCUGCCUGUUGGAGUUAUUGGUCCUCCAGGCCUGGGGGGCGGAAGAAAUACGGGGGUUGCAGCAGCAGGGGGAGGCGUAGGAUACACCGCGGACAGCGCAACGAUGAUAGGCGCGGGGAUGGCGGAGGGGAGGCUGGAAAGCUUGCUGGCGGAGGCGCUACUUGGGGGAGGGGCUUUCCAGGCGCUGGCGGGAGGAGGUACUUUCCAGCGGCAGCCUGCAGCUCCCCAGGUGUCACCUGCAAGCAGGGAGGUGGGAUCUGGUGCAGGUGGGAAUAUGGCAUUACUUGAGCUGAUGAGAAUGUCAGGGCUCGCUAGUAGCCUCCCUCUCAACCGUACUGUAUCAAGCAGCACCGGGAGCGGAUACCACUCAGCUAGCCUACCAACCAACUUCGACAUGACUUACGCUGGUACAAGGAAUCAGCCGCUGCAGUCUUUCUACGGGCAGCCCGGGCAGAUGGCAACGAAUUCCGAGCGGGGGAACCAAGAUCGCGGGCAGCAAGCUACUAUGAGAAGCUGGGGGGCGGUUGGGGGGUUGGGUUUAGAAGGAGUGACGGUAGGUGAGGGGUUAGGGUUGACGGCUGGUGAGGGGCUGGGACUGACGGCGGGCGAGGGGUUGGGGGUUUUAGCGGGCUGCCACGACCUGUCUGCAGUUCUGGCUGCUGCUGCCGCCGCCGCUGGUGCCAGCAGCGCACAUGGCGCCGCUAGCAGCGCACAGGGUGGCGCUAGCAGCGCACAUGGCGGCUUCCCCAGGUCUGGGCUAGGAGGGGGAAGCACAGGGGGAGGGUACGUGAGCGGGGGCAUGGUGGGCGGGGGUUGUGUGAGCGGAGGGGGCGGGGUGGGGGAGGAGGCGCGGGGAUGGCGGAAGGGGAGAGCGAUGGGGAGGGGUCGGGGGAGGAGGAGGAGGGCGGAGAUGGCGCCCCUCGCGCCAGCACCAACGCGAAAGGCCAAUGGACCCCGGUAUGAGGAGGACGAGAUUCUGAGGAGGUUGGUGGAGAGGGGGGGGGCGCGGCGGUGGUCCGCCAUAGCAGCGCAGCUCAAGGGGCGCGCGGGGAAGCAGUGCCGUGAGCGGUGGCACAACCACCUGAAGCUGGGGAUCAAGAAGGACGCGUGGACGGAGGACGAGGAGGAGACGCUGAUAGAGGCGCACAAGCGCGUGGGGAACAAGUGGGCGGAGAUUGCGAAGCUGCUGCCUGGGCGGACGGAUAACAACGUGAAGAAUCAUUGGAAUUCGACUGUGAGGCGGAAGGAGGACGUGGGGCGGACCGGGGGGAAGGUUGGGGGGAAGCCCACGCUGCUGCUGAGGUAUAUACAGUCGUUGAAAGGGGGGAAGGAUGGGGGCGGGGGGAAGGGGGGGAAGGGCGCGGGGGGGAAGGAUGGGGGGCGGGGGAAGGAGGCUGCAGGGAAGGCGGAAGAGGGAGGGGAGGAGAAGGGUGGAGAGGGGGAGGAAGGAGAGGAGGGAAAGGGAGAUGGGGGAAAGGACGGAUGGAAAGAGAAGGGAGGUGGGAGAGAGGGAGGAGGAACGGGAGAGGAAGGGGAGGAGGGAGAGAAGGGAGAGAAGGGAGAGAAGGGAGAGAAGGAGAGAGUAAAGGGACAGGAAGAUGAGCGUGAGAUAGUGGAAGGCAUGCAGGGAGGGAGGGAAGGGAGGGAAGGGAUGGCAGAUGGUGGGGAUGGGGAUGGGGAUGGGGAUGGGUGUGGGGAUGGGGAUGGGGACGGGAAUGGUAUUAGGGAUGCAGGGCACAGGGAGAAAGAAGGAGAAGGGCCAGCUUUAAGAAGAGAGGAAGAGAAUGGUUUGGGGAAAGACAAAAGAGAGAAGACAGAAGAGACACGGGCAGGCGAGGAAAGGGGAAAAGAGCUACAGGCAAGGGAGGAGAGGGCAGGAGAGACGCGGAAAGACAAGGAGAGCAUAGAAGAGGAACGAGCAGGAGAGGAGACCGAAGAGAUGGAAGUUGGGGAGAAGGAAAGGAGGGAAGGGACGGAAUCAGGAGGAGGGUUGGGGGACGGAGAAGGGAGAAAGGUGGAUGCAGAAGUAGCACAGGGGCCCAACAAUGGUAGAGAGGCAAGCAGUGACGCUGCGAAUGGAGCAAAUGAAGGGAAAGGAGGGGUGAGGCAGUCCCAUGUAAACGGGAGCGAAGGAGCAGAGGAGCAGAGGAGCGAAGUAAUGGGAGAGGAGCAGAUGCGUCUGACAGAAAAGGUGGGGCCUGACACGGGCAGACAGACGCGGGCAGGAAAGGAGGAAGAGAAGGAGCAGCAGACGUCUGAGUUGCCUCAACAGACAAGGGCAAGGAAGGAGGAGAAGCAGGGAAAGGAGGAGAAGGAGGAAGAGGAGGAGGAAUGGAAGGGAAAGGAGGGGAAGGAGAGGAAGGAAAGGCAGGAGAGGAGGAGGACGGGAGGAAGAGGAAGGUCCGAGGGUGGAGCCAGGGCAGCAGAGGAUAUAGGUGAUGCAGUCUCCAUGGACAUUGAUUCAACUCAAAACGCAGAGACUGCUGCUGCAGCAGCGUCGUCCCUCCGCUCGCAUUCUUUCAGCAAUACUCGCCUCCCCUCCCAAGUGACUUCUGAGUCGACUCAAAACGCAGAGACUGCCGCAGCAGCAGCAGCAUCCUUGCGCUCGCGUUCCUUCGGCAACGCACAUCUCUCCUCCUCCCGUGUCCCCAGUGCAAGGGAGGCGAUGCUGGGACAGGAGCAUGCAACCCAAGCGUGUCUAGGGCAGAUGAGCACUGGGCAGCCAUUGGUGGAGCAGGAGCAGAUGUGUGUGGGGCAAACAUUGACAGCACAGACGAGUGUGGGCGACCAGAGGGAUCUAGCAAAGGCUAUGGGCGACCAGAGGGAGCUAGCGAGGGCCAUGCUUCAACUGGACGCACUCUCCUCUGCUGGCCUGCUCAUGGGCCUCCCUGCUGCUGCCGCUGCUCACUCUGCUGCUGCUGCUACUUCUUCUACAUCUGCUGCUGCUCCGUGCUCGUCUGCCCCCACUCGUGCCCCUCCUGCUUCUCCCUCCACCGUCUCCUCCCCCCGUUCUGCCCCCUCCUCUCGCCCCCCAUUCCCUCCCUUUCCUUCCCCAGCACCGCUCUCCACCACAUUCCCCCGCUCUUUCUCCACCCCUCAAGGCCGAAUCCCUGCUUUUUCCCCCUCUUUGUCAUCUCUCACUAAUUCUCUCCCAAAUACACUCCAGCCUAUCAACCCUUUCCCGCACAACCCUUCUCUUCCUCUCCCCACCUCCGCUUCUAUCUCUGUUCCCUCUACCUCCUCUGCUGCACCCACCAAUCACCCCCUCCCCUGCCUCUCUCGCUUCGCCACAGUGUCAGCUUCCGACCAAUCAGCAGCCGGCGGUCUGACCACCCGGGCAGCUGAAAUUGCGAGUGGGGUGCAAAAUCUUUUCGACGCGCUCAUGCGCUCGGACAUCCUCCCUGCCCCCUCCGUUCCAUCCUUCUCAUCUCAACCUCAACCUCCCGCCUUCUCUACCCUCCCGCCUCCCCUCACAUCCUCUUCCCGAGCUCCUUGGGCUGGGGGGAAGAACCCAGGGAUGGCAGGAGGGGAGGUAAACGUGUCUAGUGUGUCAACCACAGGGCGUCUAGAGGGCGGUGAGCUGUGGACUGGUAGAAGCAGUGGCACCACCGGAUCUGCUGGUAGCGCUGCUGCUGCUGGUGAUGCUGCUGCUGCUGCUGCUGCUGCUGCUGCUACUCGUCCUGCUGCCUCUGGUAGUGCUGGCAGUGCACACAUCAUUGGAUCAGGCGGUUUUUGGCUGGAGGGGGGUCGCAGCGGGCAAGGCAUGCAGAGCCAGGGGGGACUGGAGGCCACUGCUGCUGUGCCUGGUGGCUUGGGGGGCGAGUUUGGAUCGACUCAACAGGGUGUGGGAAUUGGUGGAAAGUACGAGGAAGGAGAAGAAAUGGUUGGAGGGAGGGUGGAGGGUAUUGUUGUGAGAAACAGCGAGAAUGAGAGACAGGGUGCUGCCGGUGAUGAGGUUCGAAGGGAGGAAGAGGUUCCAAGGGAGAAAGUGGGUCAACAGGAGGACGAUAUGCGGGGCAGUGAUGUACAGGGAACAGUUGAGAAGAACAGUCACCAACCGCAAGAGGAGCAGAAGCAGGGUCGGCAGCACCAGCAGCAGCAGCAGCAGCAGCAGCAGCAGCAGCAGCAGCAGCAGCAGCACCACCACCACCAACAUCAGCAGCAGGAGCAGCGGCGGGAGAACCGACAGCAAGAGAACCUGCAUCAGGAGAACCAGCAGCAGCAGGAGCAGCAGCAGCAGGGCCAACGGGAGGAGCAAGGGGAAUCAGCAGCAACAGGAAUGGAUGUUGAUGGUACACUCAAGGAGGGUGGGCACGGAGGGGACGAGGAGCAAGAGACGACUUUUGAGGCGCCUCAAAAGCAAGGAGUGGGGGAGCAAGGAAGGGGCAAGGAGGGGGGUGGUAGAGAAGACAGUGGGGACAGGCAGGGGGAUAGGAAUCCUGUUGUUCGCCGAAGCUGCAGUGAUGGUGGUGGCAGGCUUGGCGCGCCUAUAGCCGUCAUAGACGGCACAAUCCAGCUCGUCGGCGAUCUCUCCCUCCUCGACGGUGGUGGCUCCUUCCCCCCUCCUCCCUCCGCCCACUCUUCCCCUCACCCCCUCUCCACGUCUGCUCCCUUCCCCACCCGCGGCAACACCGCCCCCCUGUCUUCAAAUCCCCUUGUGCUCGCCGUGUCUCCACACCCCAGCCCAUCUCCUGGCGUGGCGGCCCGGCCUUGGGGGAUGAAAUCCCCUCUGCCAGGUGAAUCGCAGAAAAGAGAUGCGGUACUGUCUCCGUCUCCCCGUGCUGCUGCUGCCCGGCCUUGGGGUUUGAAGUCGCCACUACCACGUGAGCCACAGAAAACGGCGCCAGUAUUUAAAGCGCCUCAGGAGCCUCAAGCAGCAGCGCUUCCAUCGGGUGCUGAGGCACAGAAAUCGAGUGCAGGUCUGGUCAAACCAAUUGUAGCAGGCGUGGACAGGCCCGCAGUGGAAGCAGCAGCAGCGGCUGCAGCUGCAGGUCUGGAUCGGCCGAGACUCGAUGUGACGGUGGAAGGUGGUGGCGCAGUGCUGGGAGCAAGUGAAGCACCAUCGCGUGCUGCUUCUUAUGGAGAGCCAGGCUCGGGACAGUUUGCGGCUGAUUCGACCGAAGGUGAAGCAGCCUCAGGAAUGGAGGAUAUGGUGUUUGAGAGGAGGGAUGUCGGGACUCAGGUGAAUCCUUUAGAGGGGUCGAGUGGGGGAGAGGGAAUGGAUAGUGUGUGGUCGGGGAAGUUCGUCCAGGAGUGGAGUGGAAGACGAGGGGGGCAGCAUCUUGCCAGCGUGACUGAAGGCAUUGCGAGUCAAGCCGAUAUGAGAGAGAGACACGCUACUGGCAGUGAGGCCAGAGCUAGUGAGUUGAGAGAUGGUGGGAAGGAAGAUGGUGGGAAGGCUGAUGGUGGGGAUGCUGCAGCGUGCAGAGAGGAGGAGGAUGCUGGUGCUGCGACUUCUGAGUCCAUUCCACAAGCAGGAGGCAGCAUGGAUGCGUCUCAUUAUCAUGAGCCCACGAACGCACCAAUGGAUUCGGGUGACUAUGACUUGGACACUGCAGCCAGUGGCAGAGCCAGCAGUGGUGCUGAUGCAGCAGCAGCCUCCACUCCACCGCCAGUUUCUCCUGCUGCUGUUGCUGCUGUCACAGCGCCUGCAAGCACGGGUGCAACGCCCAACACCAUCAGUGCAGCCCUCUCCCCUGUACACCCACCUCCGCCUGUGUCUGCCACGGCUGCUUCUGCCGAGGCUGCUUCUGCCGAGGCUGCUUCCACUCUCCCUGCUUCGGGUUUCGGCCCGAGUCCGUUUGGUCAGCUUGCCUCUCAAUGGAUUCUCUCCAAUCUUCCGCCCCAACCUGUUGCCACCCAGUCAAACCCAUCCGUCCCGAACCUUCCAGACGUGCUGCCGAGCCUCUUGAACGGCCCUCCAAACCUCGAAAGUACCCGUCCGAGCCUGAUAACCUCUGCAGCACCUGAGAUCACUUAUCCCUCCAUGUCUGACCUUAUAGCAGGGUGGUUUUCAGGUGAUAGCCCAGGUGUGAUUAUGCAGCAGUGGGGCUCUAUGGGGGGACUAGGCUCAGGGAUAGGACCCAGCCCAGGUGUGACUAUACAGCCGUGGGGUACUAUAGGGGGGAUGGGCUUGGGAACAGGACCCAGCCCAGGUGUGACUAUGCAGCAAUGGGGUACUGUAGGAGGGAUGGGCUCAGGAAUAGCAGCCAGUCCAAGUGUGACUAUGCAGCAGUGGGGCUAUAUGGGAGGGAUGCGCCCAGGGGUAGCAGCAAGCCCAGGUGUGACUGUAAUGCAGUGGGGCUCGUUUGCAGGGGGGGGCGGAACGGGAAAUGGGUUCGGAGGGCUCGGAGCGAGCCCAGGCGUGAUUAUACAGCCAUGGGGCUCUAUCGCGGGAGCAGCUGGAGUUGGGACAGCAGCAGAGUUAGGUGCAAGGAUAGGGGCCGAGGCGACAGCAGGUGCAACCCCAGGUGUGACUGUACAGCAGUGGGGCUCUAACGAAGGGGCAGCAGCACCAGAAGCAGCAGCAGCAGCACCAGCAGCAGCAGCAGCACCCACACUAGCAGCAGCGGCAGCAGCAACCCUACCAGGACUAGAAGCUUCCCUAGAGCAGCUACUACAGCAGAUGAACCCAUCCUCGUUACAAGACGCCAGUGCGAUAAUAGACGCUCUCAGCUUCCAAGCGUCCCUGGCAGCUUCAGCAGGGCUGCCGUUCUCCAACCUGCCCGCUUCACACGGUCAGAGUGGGGGGAGCCCUCCCACCUGUGCUGCAACUGCUGCCACUGAUGCACCGGCCGCUCCUCCCGCUGUUGCCAAUACUACAGGUGGUUCCGCUAGUGAUGAGCCGCCAGGUUCAGCGUGUGAGCCCAUGGAUAUAUAG